CUAAACUGACCGUGAGGACCCGCCCCCUGCACUCCGCGGAUCAUGAAAGCAGGAAGCACCGGAGCCGGCUUCGCCUUUACCUUGAGGAUGUGGCUUGCUUGUGUCCUGCUCCUGUCCUUGUUCUGUAAGACAUCUGGGAGUGAGGACACUAAAGGGGUCACCACCAUUCUGACCACCAAAUGGACAGAGACACCUCUGCUACUGGAAGCCAGUGAGUUCCUGGCUGAGGAGAGCCAGGAGAAGUUCUGGGACUUUGUGGAAGCUAAUGAGAACAUCGAGGGCGAACAUGACGACACAGACCAGGCCUACUAUGAACUGAUCGUGAAGAAAGCUGGUGCCCUGCUGAGCUCAGUCCAAAUCAAGAUGCUGAAGUUUGCCUUGUCCCUGAGAGUCUACUCUGCUACCAUACAUUCAUUUCAACAGAUAGCUUCAAAUGAGCCGCCUCCUCCUGGCUGCUCAGCGUUUUUCAGCGUCCAUGGAGUGAAGACAUGUGAUAUUGAAAGUUUAGGAGAUGUGCUGAAAGCUGCAUCUGAGAGACCUAAGCCGUACCUGUUCAAAGGUGAUCACAGAUACCCCGGCUCCAGCCCUGAUGCGCCUGUGGUCAUCCUGUAUGCUGAGUUUGGGAGAGCAGAAUUCAGAGAGCUCCACCAAACCCUGGUUUCCAGAGUCCACAAAGGCCAGGCGGCGUAUGUGCUCCGGCAUUAUGUGGCAAAACCCAGCAACAAGAAGGUGCACCUGUCGGGAUACGGCGUAGAGCUGGCCAUCAAGAGCCAGGAGUACAAGGCAAAGGACGACACACAAGUCCAGGGGGUGGAGGUAAACGCUACAGUGAUCGGAGAAAACGAUCCCGUGGAUGAGGUCCAAGGGUUCCUCUUUGGCAAACUCAAGACCCUUUAUCCUGAACUGAAAGAGCAACUAAAGGAGCUGAGGAAGCAUCUGAUCGAAAGCACUAAUGAAAUGGCACCACUCAAAGUCUGGCAAAUGCAAGACCUGAGCUUCCAGACUGCCGCUCGGAUCCUGGCUGCUCCGGCUGUCGACGCUCUAAACGUGAUGAAGGACCUGAGUCAGAACUUCCCCACCAAAGCCAGGUCCAUUACUAAAACGGUAGUGAGCUCUGAGAUACGCAAGGAGAUUGGGGAAAACCAGAAGUUUUUCAAAGGAACGCUUGGAUUGCAGCCCGGGGACUCCGCACUGUUUAUUAAUGGGCUGCAUAUAGAUUUGGAAGCUCAGGAUAUCUUCAGUGUAUUCGACGUGCUGCGCAGUGAGGCCCGGGUGAUGGAGGGGCUGCGCUCUCUGCUCAUAGAGACCCCCUACAUCCAUGACAUCCUCAAACUCAACGUGCAGCCCUCCGAGUCUGACUACGCUGUGGACAUCCGUCACCCAGCCAUAAGUUGGAUCAACAACUUGGAGACAGACCACCGUUACAGCUCGUGGCCGUACAACGUGCAGGAGCUGCUGAGACCGACCUUCCCUGGAGUCAUCCGACAGAUCCGCAAGAACUUCCACAAUCUGGUCAUCAUUCUGGACCCAACCCAGGUCAACUCUGCAGAUCUGCUCAAUGUAGCAGAGAUGUUCUACUCAAAUAACAUUCCACUAAGGAUCGGCCUGGUGUUUGUGGUGUCUGAUGAGGAUGAUGUUGACGGGAUGAAGGACGCCGGAGUGGCCCUGGUCCGAGCCUAUAACUACAUGUGCAAUGAGGUCAACAGCCAGAGUGCCUUUGAGUCCGUCAUGUCGAUGUUCAACCGUGUGCCCCCUGGUGGACAGCUGACUGUUACAGAUGUGGUCAAAGUGCUGGAGAAGAGGUUUCCUUAUGUGGAGAUCAGCAGUGUACUAGGAACUGACUCCAGUUAUGAUACCAAUAGAAAGGAAGCAAAGGCGUACUAUGCUCAGACCGGUGUAGGACCCCUGCCUGUGGUGCUGUACAAUGGCAUCCCGUAUCAGAGAGAACAUCUGGACCCAGAUGAGAUGGAGACAGUCACCAUGCAGAAGAUCCUGGAGACCACCACCUUCUACCAGAGGGCCGUCUACAUGGGGGAGCUUGCUUCAGAUUAUGACGUCGUUGACUACAUCAUGAACCAGCCCAAUGUGGUCCCCAGAAUCAACCCCAGAGUGCUGUCUACAAGCAGAACAUACCUGGACCUGUCCGACACAAAUAACUAUUUUGUCGAUGACUAUGCUCGAUUUUCCACUUUGGAUGUGAAGGAGAAGAACACAGCCAUUGCAAACAGCAUGAACUACAUGACAAAGAAAGACGAUGGCUACAUUCGUCCGGUGACCUAUUGGGUGGUGGCUGACUUUGACUCUCCAUCUGGACGCAAGCUGCUCUAUGAUGCCAUCAGACACAUGAAAUCAAGCAACAAUGUCCGACUAGGAAUGAUCAACAACCCGUCUGCUGAUGUGUCCGCUCAGACCAGCCAUGUGGCCCGAGCGAUCUGGGCCGCAAUGCAAACCCAGUCCGCUAACAACGCUAAGAACUUCAUCACCAAACUGGCUAAAGAGGAGACGGCUGCUGCUCUGGAGAAGGGGGCGGAUAUCGGAGAUUUUGCUGUUGGGGGCAUGGAUAUGUCUUUGUUCAAAAGCACAUAUGAUGACUCUAAAUAUGACUUCCUGCUGUCCCACGCUGCCUUCUGUAGAGACGUGCUCAAACUCAAGAAGGGACAGAGAGCAGUUAUAAGCAACGGACGAAUAAUUGGUCCCCUUGAGGAUGAGGAGGUCUUUAACCAGGACGACUUCCUCCUGUUGGAAAGCAUCAUCCUUAAGACGUCUGGAGAGAGGAUCAAGAGCAAAGUACAACAGUUUGGAAUCGAGGAGGACAGGGCCAGUGACUUGGUGAUGAAGGUGGAUGCUCUGCUCUCCUCUCAACCCAAAGGAGAAGCCCGAGUGGAGUAUGGCUUUGCUGAUGACCGACACAGUGCUGUAAAGAUUCGUCCAAAAGAGGGCGAUGUUUACUUUGACGUUGUGGCAGUAGUGGACCCUGUCACAAGAGACGCACAAAAACUAGCUCCUUUCCUCAUGGUUCUGAAGCAGCUGGUAAAUGUCAACCUGAGAGUCUUUAUGAACUGCCAAUCCAAACUGUCCGAAAUGCCACUGAAAAGUUUCUACCGGUACGUUCUGGAGCCGGAGGUGUUGUUCCAGGCGGACAGCAGCUUUUCUCCUGGACCCAUGGCUAAGUUCCUGGACAUGCCCCAGUCUCCUCUGUUUACCCUGAACCUCAACACCCCCGAGAGCUGGAUGGUGGAGUCGGUCAAUACCAGAUACGACCUGGAUAAUAUCUAUCUGCAGGAGGUUGACACUAUUGUAGCAGCGGAGUACGAGUUGGAGCAUCUACUACUGGAGGGACACUGUUUUGACGUGAGCUCCGGACAACCCCCCCGAGGCCUUCAGUUCACUCUGGGAACUGCAUCUGAACCAGUCAUCGUGGACACUAUUGUUAUGGCCAACCUGGGUUACUUCCAGCUGAAGGCAAACCCUGGUGCCUACAUCCUGAAGCUGAGGAAAGGCCGCUCAGAUGAGAUCUACAGGAUCUACAGCCACGAUGGUACAGACUCUCCCGCAGACUCAGACGACAUUGUGGUCGUCCUCAAUAACUUCAAGAGCAGAAUUAUCAAAGUUAAGGUCCAAAAGAAACCUGACAAGUUCAAUGAGGAGCUGCUGAGUGAUGGCACAGAGGAGAUCGACACUGGCUUCUGGCAGUCCAUCACCAGAGGCUUCACUGGUGGAGGCAAAGCAGAUGAGCCAAAGCCAGAGAAGGAUGAUGUGAUCAACAUCUUCUCCGUGGCAUCUGGACAUCUGUACGAGAGGUUUCUGAGGAUCAUGAUGCUGUCCGUUUUGAAACACACCAAAACUCCAGUGAAGUUCUGGUUCCUCAAGAAUUAUCUGUCACCAACUUUUAAGGAGUUCAUUCCUCACAUGGCCAAAGAGUACGGCUUUCAGUACGAGCUGGUGCAGUAUAAGUGGCCCCGCUGGCUGCACCAACAGACAGAGAAGCAGAGGAUCAUCUGGGGCUACAAAAUACUCUUCCUGGACGUCUUAUUCCCCCUGGCUGUGGACAAGAUCCUGUUUGUGGACGCAGAUCAGAUUGUGAGAACAGACCUGAAAGACCUGCGGGACUUUGAUUUAGAGGGCGCCCCAUAUGGGUACACUCCAUUCUGUGAAAGCAGGAGGGAGAUGGACGGAUAUCGCUUCUGGAAGUCUGGGUACUGGGCCAGCCACUUAGCCGGGCGCAAGUACCACAUCAGUGCUCUGUAUGUGGUUGACCUGAAGAAGUUCCGUAAAAUCGCUGCUGGAGAUCGCCUCCGAGGGCAGUACCAAGGUCUGAGCCAGGACCCCAACAGCCUGUCCAACCUCGACCAGGACUUGCCCAACAACAUGAUCCACCAAGUGCCCAUCAAGUCCCUGCCACAGGAGUGGCUCUGGUGUGAGACCUGGUGUGACGACCACUCCAAGAAGAGCGCCAAAACUAUAGAUCUGUGUAACAAUCCAAUGACAAAGGAGCCCAAGCUGCAGGCGGCUGUGAGGAUCGUGUCUGAGUGGAGCGACUACGACCAGGAAAUCAAACGUUUACAAAAUAAAGUCCAGGAGAAGAUAGCACAAGACCCCAGCACAAAGAAAACCACAGAUUCGCACACAGAGCUCUGAAGAGGAGGGCCACAUACACACUCUGUUGAAAGAGUGGAAGAUCCUCCUGUCCUGUUCCCCACUGAAAGGCUUUGUACCGGACAGCUUCUGCCACAAGGGGUCAGCGCUGCCCUCUUUUUGUUCUGUAAGGCUUUUUUAAACAUAGGUGUUUGAGUGAACUGGGAGAGUGUAAAAUUAUUGGGAUCUAGUUUUUCAAUGUAUGUACCUCUGUUUCCUGUAAGUCUGUGUACUAUUUGCACUGAUCAUGUUGUGAAUUUGGAUGUCUUUAAGGAACUAAGGGAAUGUGUUUUUAUUUUCAAUGGUGUAGGAGAAAUGUAACCACUGCAAAUAUAAAUAUGUCAUUAUAUGUCAUUUUUAUAUAGUUUUUAAAAAAUCACCUUUACAAAUGCAAUGUUUUAUUUGCUCCAACUAUGGC